CUUCCUCCUCCUCCUCUUCUCGAUCUCGACAGCUUUCGUCUUCGUUGCGGGCGGUCUUCCUCUUUCCAAUUUUUCUACGCCCACCUCUCCCUCUCUCUCUCUCUCUCUUUCUAUAUCCAUCAGCCUCACGUUUGACUUCUCUGUCUCUCUGUCACACGCAGUUCCUUGCGAACUCUUCCUUCUGUCUCUCUCCCCGUUUCUCUUUGGUGGACGGGAAGCGCCGGACGGCAUCGCGCGGGGGAGAUCGAGCUCCGGCGACCCGAGGUAGAAGCCUCAUUAGGAGAACCGGCAGCUCCAUUUUCUCGAAGAAAUGGCGAGGACAAUCCGAUGGGCGACCACUCAGGAUCUCUUGCUUGUUGCUGUAUUGAUUGUACUUCUAGAACUGGCGGUCGGAGAUCCAAGAACCCAGACUGUCAAGAUGACAUGCUCAGCCGUGCGAGAGCACAACGCCACUCUCUUCGUGCCCAACUUUGUGACUACCAUGGAGAACAUCAGCGACCAGAUGAGGACGUCCGGCUUCGGAAUUGCAGUGAUAGGAUCGGGGCCUGACACUAACUAUGGCCUCUCUCAGUGCUACGGAGACCUCUCUUUGCUCGACUGUGUCCUGUGCUAUGCAGAGGCGCGUUCCUUGCUUCCGCAGUGCUACCCUAACAACGGCGGCCGCAUAUACCUCGACGGCUGCUUCAUGAGAGCACAGAACUACAGCUUCUUUGAGGAGUACAUGGGGGCUGAGGACACUGCAGUGUGCGGGAACGUGACGCAGAAGGACACGGUGUUUCAAAAUUCAGCAAGACAGGCCGUGGCGAGCGCAGUCACGAGGGCGCCGAACAACAAUGGCUAUGCGCGUGCUGAAGUAGCCGUGCCAGGGACAGCAAAUGAAUCGACUUAUGUGCUGGCGAAUUGCUGGAGGACAUUGAACGCCACUUCUUGCAGGUUAUGCUUGGAGAAUGCAUCAAUGUCGAUGUUGGGGUGCUUGCCCUGGUCAGAGGGGAGGGCGUUACAUACAGGUUGCUUCAUGAGGUACUCCGAUACAAAUUUCCUCAACAACCAACCAGGAAAGGGGAGUAACAGAGGAACCAUAAUAGUGAUAACAGUUUCAGUUGUCAGUGCUCUGGUUGUCUUGGCAGUUGGAAUAACAGUAGCGUACUUUGUCUGGAAGCACAGAUACAUUCAAAAGAAAAGAAAAGGCUCUAACCACGCGGAGAAGUUUGUCAAGAUACUUCACGACAGUAGCCUGAAUUUCAAAUACUCUACCCUCGAGAAGGCCACCGGAUCUUUCGACAGCGCCAAUAAGCUCGGCCAAGGAGGAUUUGGCACUGUCUAUAAGGGAGUUCUUCCCGACGGAAGGGAGAUAGCUGUGAAAAGGCUCUUCUUCAACAAUAGGCAUAGAGCAGCUGACUUCUACAAUGAAGUGAACAUUAUAAGCAGUGUGGAGCACAAAAAUCUGGUCAGAUUGUUGGGAUGUAGUUGCUCUGGACCUGAAAGCCUUCUUGUCUAUGAGUUCCUCCCCAACAAGAGUCUCGACCGUUUCAUUUUCGAUCAAAACAGAGGAAAGGCAUUAAACUGGGAAAAAAGAGUGGAUAUUAUGGUUGGGACCACAGAGGGUUUGGUAUAUCUUCACGAAAACUCCAACAUCAAGAUAAUUCACAGGGACAUAAAAGCCAGUAAUAUCUUGUUAGACUCAAAACUUCGGGCUAAAAUAGCUGACUUUGGGUUGGCCAGAUCUUUCCAGGAAGAUAAGAGUCACAUAAGCACAGCCAUUGCUGGAACAUUGGGAUAUAUGGCUCCAGAGUACCUAGCACAUGGUCAGCUUACAGAGAAAGCAGACGUCUACAGCUAUGGUGUUCUCUUGCUGGAGACUGUCACAGGAAGACAGAACAACAGAAGCAAAAACUUAGAAUACUCAGACAGCCUCAUCACAAUUGCAUGGAACCAUUUCCAAGCAAAUAGAGUGGAGGAGCUUUUCGACCCGAACUUGAUGUUACAUAACUACCACAACAGCAAUAUCAAGAAUGAGGUCUUAAGAGUCAUCCAUAUAGGACUAUUGUGCACGCAAGAGGCUCCUUCUUUGCGGCCAACAAUGUCCAAGGCAUUGCAGAUGCUAACAAAGAAGGAUGAAGAACUCCCACCACCCACCAAUCCCCCUUUUAUAGACGAAAGGACAAUGGAGCUCAAUGACACGUUUGACGACCCAUCUUUUCCACUGAACCCUAAAACAUCGGAUUCAAUUGCCACCAUAUCAAACAGUUCCUUCCAGCCUAGGUGAAUUGUGGAUAUCUAUUAGUGGGCAGUAUCUCACCUGACUAAUAAAGAUACACGAAAGAAGAGUCGAUAUUCAUAUAUCUAGAAAGAACCAACUAUGGAGAUCAGGGGCUGGACCUAUUCGGCCUGAUGAUGCAAGCAUCCAGACAGGGAACAUAGUGAUGACCAUCAGACAAAGGGCGAGUCAACAAGCAGUUGAAGCACGAAGGUCGGCACCAUCUAAGUCAUUUGUAGAAUAUCACCACUUUAGUCGGAGGAUACCUCAAAUUGAGAAAGUGCAUUAAGGCAGCUUCUGCAAUUUUGAAGGAAAGAAAGGGUGUAUAUGAACAUAAAAAUAGCUAAACUAUACAGAGUCAUGUUUUGAUUGCUUUGUAUC